CAGAUGAGAAGAGAGGAUGUGAGAACGGUGAUGUAAGGCUACAAGGUGGGGCGAGUCCUUACAAUGGCUAUGUUGAGUUCUGCUGUGACAGAGUAUGGGGAGGUGUCUGUAGUGAUGGGUGGGAUCGCUAACGACACUAGGGUUGUUUGCAGGCACCUAGGUUUUGACGCCGGAGAUGGUGUACUUAUUGAUGCACCUCCUGAUGCUGCUGAGAAUGCACUGGCAUUUCUGGAUCCAAUCACAUGUACAGGGUCUGACAGAUACGUGAAUGAGUGCAGUCAUAAUGUACUAUCAACAGCAGGAGAAUGUACCAAAAUAGCAGUUUCAUGCAGGAAAUUCUCUACUGCAGUUGGUGCUAGCUCCCCUAAGAGAGGCUCACUACUAACAUGGGCUGUAAUAGGAGUUGCAGUGUUCACCUUACUAGUAGCAUUUGUAGCAGUUAUAGUUCCACUACUGGUGGUAAUGUCCUCCAAGAGACACAGGAGGAAGCAGUUGGAGAGGAUGCAGCUCGACAUAAUGGCUGUAGCUGGUUUAAAUGUCCCCAACUUGGAGUCAACUCACAGAACACAAUCCAUGGUGGAAAAUGAACCAGAUGAAAAAGAAGCACCUGAUGAGGCUGGAGCCAACAACCCUUACUGCGAGCCAUGGCCAGCUAGUGAGUCGACAACCUUCUCACACAUAUCUUGGACCAGGGUUCCCUCAUAUGGUUUGAGAGAGUUGGCCAGGGGGAAGUUACUGAUCAAGAGUGGAGAUAUUACUAUACUGGAGUGUAUUGGGGAAGGGGAAUUUGGGAUAGUAUACAAGGCAAGGCUGCAGCUAUCCAAGGCAGAAGUAGCUGUAAAGACAUUUAAAGGUGAUGUCGACCAGGUCGAGGUGGACAAGUUUCUGGAGGAGAGUCUGAAAAUGAGUCGGUUCAGCCAUGCACAUGUCAUGAGCCUCACUGGAGUCUGUCUGGAAGCUGGCUACAUAAUUAUGCCAUACAUGGCCAAUGGGAGUCUCCUCACCUAUCUCAGGAGAGAGAGAAAGAACCUCGUUUUACAUGAAUCUGAUGAAGAUGAGGUAGUGGAAGUUCGCAAGCGGCUGAUGGUCAUGUGUUCCCAGAUAGCCAGUGGGAUGCAAUACCUGGCGGCCAAUAAGUACAUCCACCGCGACUUGGCUGCCAGGAACUGCAUGAUCGAUGCACAUUUCCUGAUCAAGAUCUCAGAUUUCGGUCUGACGGAGGAUGUGUUUGAGAGGAACUACUACAGGCAGGGCAAGAGCCAUGGGGAGAGAGUGAAACUGCCAGUCAAGUGGAUGGCUCCAGAGAGCCUCAGUGACGGACACUUCUCUGAGAAGAGCGAUGUGUGGUCCUAUGGGGUGACAAUGUGGGAGGUAUUCAGUGGAGGGAAAGCCCCAUAUCCUGGCACUGAUCCCCACACUCUUAUUCAAAGUCUAGAGGAGGGCUAUCGGAUGCCUCAGCCUUAUAAUGAUGCCUGUAACGAGGAAAUCUAUGGCAUAAUGAAGCAGUGCUGGCAGAUGAUGCCAGAAGAGAGACCAACAUUCACAGAGCUUUAUUUGACGGUUUCAAAUAUCAUUGAACGCAUGGCGGGCUACCUGCAGGUGGGUUAUAACCCCUUCUUAGGAAGAGGAGAUGAAGAGAAGGCAGAGGAAAUGGAGGAGGAGGAGGAGGAGGAGGAGAAGGAGGAAAAGGAAAACAACAAUGUAAAAGAGGAGGAGGAGGAGGAGCAACAGGAAGAGCAAGAGAGGACCAAUUCUGCUUCAUUAGUUUAGGCCUUAUCAUGGGCUUGAGUGUAGGAGAGUAAAGAGAUGACUGUUUCUCUUUUCAAUUCAUAAUCAUAAACUUUUUGUUGAACUAGAGUAACCAAACAAAAUGUGUAAUCCGUUUCGGACCCUCUCCUCCAGAGUGAUAUACAGACACAUACAGACGCUCUAAUAUU